CUGAUUGUCCAGUAGUAAGUGGGUGUGUCACUUGACAUAUAAAUACCUCGAGUGAGUUCAUCUUGACGUAAACUGGUCAAGGAAUCUCAUCGCCCAUCUGUCCUCCUUACUCUUAUAGAUCGUUGCGUCACUGAAGGAAAUGUCUCUCCGUGGGACUGUUGUGCUCCUGCUGCUCCUGUGUCUUUCUCAGCUCAUCUUCGCUGCUGACAGCAUUAGAGAAGCGAGGAGGAAAGGAAAGAGGCUGGAGAGCCGAGCUGAUAAGAACAUUUCCGUACACAAAGGAAAGUUUACUACCAAGGACAAGGCGCAGUGCUCGUGGGUGGCGCGCGGAGAGCACAACUACACAAUGACUGUUACAUGUAAGCCUGGAAACGAGGAUGGAUUUAGCUGUAAAUACACUGCCAAGCCCGCGACGUGCACCGAGUAUGGGUCUAAUCCCAAAGGUUAUUGGAAACAGAUAGCCAGAUCUGUUAAAAAGCAGAAGAAACUUUGCGCGGAUGCGCGCGCACUGAUUCGCGCGGGCAUGUGUAAGCGUGCGCCGCUGGCCGCGCAUUUCAAACUUACGGAAAUGUCACAAGAGAAACCCCCCACAGAGAAAACACCGACGAGCACGAAGCUCCAGUGCACGGAGCGGACUGACCACAGCGAGGUCGCCAAAGAGAUGUGCGGAGAUUCCUGGGCGAGUCUCUGCGCGUUUGUCUUUACUAUAGUCCAGAGUGGAGACUGCUGAGCAUGUGUGUGCAUACGUUUGUCGGUACUUUCGUGAUUGCAUACUACUGAUUCUGUUUAAGGUGUAAAGCAUCACGUAUUUUAUUGAACACACACACACACAAAAUGCACUGGAAGGUGGAUCAAGAUGAACCCACCACUUGUAGUUUUUGCCUUGACCAUAGUGGCACAAACUUUAAUCUUAACACGUUUAGUAAAUUCGUAAACAGUUUUUUAAUGUUGGUAUUUCAUUGGAGAAUAGUGAGAUGUCUAUUUAUGUUAUGUUGGAUAUAAUUUUUUAUUUAUAUUUAUUAAAAGGGCAUUUGAGAGACUUAGGCAAAGUAAAUAUGUUGUUUUUAUUUUGAAGUGAGAAGUUUCGGUAGACCCUUUUAUUUCUCAUAAUAAUAAUAAAUUGGAUGAUGCUCCAUCCUCAACUUCGUAAUCAUCUGGUUUUCAUAUCCAUUUUAAACUUUUUCAGCAAAUGUAAUUAUUUUCUUCAGUCUACUAUAAAUGUACAUGACACCCAUUGUAUUGCAUUGUAUGUAUUUAUGACAUGCAAAAUAAAUAUUUUUAAGUAUCUGU